AUGCCGAACCUUGAAAAACGCUCAUCAGCUACAACGGCGUCAAGCAACACCAACUCGACGUUAUGGCCCAAAUGGCCGAUGGAACUUACGAACUCCCCUCCGUUGACCAUCCAACCCAAAAGAAACGCGACGGCGAAGACUGGUCUGACUUUGAGGACGCAAGAGACGACGAUGCUCAAGCCGCAUCCUCCAGCGCAGGGACAAACACGCUAG